CAUCCCCUCCACAGUGAUCCAUCCGGCCGUGGUGCGCCUCGGCCUUCAGUACUCCCAGGGGAUCAUCAACGGCUCCAACGCCCGCUGCAUUGCCCUGCUGGAGGUCUUCAAACAGCUGAUCCGGGAUUACUCGACUCCCCCGCACGAGGAGCUCUCACGGGAUCUGGUGGCCAAGCUGAAGCCACACAUCAGCUUCCUGAACCAGUGCCGACCCCUCUCCGCCAGCAUGGGCAACGCCAUCAAGUUCCUCAAGAAGGAGAUUUCCUGCCUGCCCGACACCCUGCGAGAGGAGGAGGCCAAGGAGAAGCUGCAGGACACCAUCGACAAGUAUUUGCGGGAGAAGAUCCUCCUGGCAGCAGAAGUCAUUUCUCGAUCUGCCUUUGAGAAGAUCAAGGAGAACGACGUGAUCCUGGUGUACGGCUG